AUGACAGUUGCGGAUGGUUGGGAUAGGAAAGGAGAAGUUUUAGGUUAUGAAUCACUAUCUUUAGAGAGUUUCUGCAGUGAAUUAGAGAGCUUAUAUGAAGAAGAUGAAAGUUUUGAUCAGCAUCUAAGACGGCUUGCUGCAUUGCUGGUCUCUAAGGUACAGUUUAACUUUCAUGUUAGUGGAGGAAGGACCAAAGCAAUAGAUGAGUAUGCUAUUCUCAGAUCCAAGGCAGCCGAGUCAACGGAGGUGGUGGACAUUGACCGCAGACUGGAGGCUAUUGUUGAACGAAUGUUGGACAAAUGUAUCAGUGAUGGAAUGUAUCAGCAAGCCAUGGGCAUUGCUAUAGAAUACAGGAGACUGGAUAAGUAG